AUGGCUUCAUCAGAGACGACGCCGCUGCUCCAGCGAGAUGAUACCCCUCCCGUCGACGCCGUACGGCAAGAGGAGGAAAGCACCACAACACCACGCGGCACAUUCGCCCGCAACCUCGGCGCACUCGAUGGCUUCGCGCUCCUCAUCAGCAUUGUAAUCGGCUCAGGCGUAUUCUCCUCUCCCGGCCCCAUCGAUGCCAAUGUGCCCUCCCCCGGCGCAGGACUUCUGGUAUGGCUGCUCGGUGGCAUCCUUGCCUGGACCGGCGCGCUCACCAUGGCCGAGCUUGGCACUGCAAUCCCGGGCGAGGGCGGUAUUCAACCUUACCUAACUCACAUCUUCGGCGAGUUCUGGGGCUAUAUGGCGGCGUGGAGUUGGAUCGUCGCUACCAUGCCUGCUACGCUUGCCAUUCUGAGUAUUGUGUUUGUGGAGAGCAUUUAUUCUAGUCUGGGGAUCAAUAACCCUGCACCGCCAAUCACGCACAAACUCUUGUCGGUCUUGGUGCUGGCGGUCAUCACGACAUUGAAUUCGAUCAGCACAAAAACUAGCACUCGGUUGUCUAGCUUUUUUGUCGUGGUCAAGUUCUUGACGAUCCUUCUGCUCAUCGUCGCGGGUCUGGUUGUUGUCAUCAAGUACAGCAUUACCGGUGACGAUGCUGGUGGGACUGACUGGCGGAGGGAACAUUGGUUCGCUCCUAGACGGGACACCACACGUCCUGACGGGACACCGGGCCGAUUUGAUUGGGCCAAGGUGACGACCUGGGAGUCGCUUGGGUUCUACAGUGCAGCUCUGUACGGAGCUCUUUGGGCCUACUCGGGAUGGGAUAAGGCGAACUAUGUCGCAGCUGAGCUACGCAAUCCUAGCAAACAGCUGCCACUGUCCAUCAACACAGCUAUCCCAACAAUCAUACUGUGUUAUGUCGCUGCCAAUGCAGUCUACUACAUCCUCCUUCCAUGGCAACUAGUCUCCACAACAGAUGCCGCGGCUGUCACGGCGGUGAACCACCUGCUAGGCAAAGGCGGAGCCUACGUUGCAACAGCACUCAUCUGUCUGGUAAUCGCCGGUUCGGCGCUAGGCAAUUCUUUCGUCGCAGGGCGCAUGACCGUCGCAGCAGCGAACAAGAACUGGUUCCCUGUAGCUUUCGGCACCGUAGGCCAGAUCGGCACAUACAGAGUCACCAAGGGCGAUUCAAGCGAGAACGAGAACACCAACGAAGCAAUGGACAACGGGGAGUCGCCCAUUAACGCUCUCGUCCUGAGCUUCGUCGUCUCAGCAAUCUACAUCCUCCUCGGUAACAUGCGCAUCCUGCUCACCCUUAACGGACUUGCAGAGUACGCCUUCUUCUUCCUCACGGUACUCGGCGCCAUCAUCCUGCGCUUCCGAGAGCCAGACCUAAAGAGGCCUGUGAAGCCGUUCAUUCUCAUCCCAGUCCUAUUUGCCCUGAUCAGUGGCUUUGUCGUCAUACGAGGCGCUGUGUUUGCGCCGGUGCAGGCUGCUAUUCUGAUUGCUAUUUGGAUAGUCGGAGCGGUGCUUUACUUUGUGAGAAGGAGCGUGCUGAACCGAGCGAGCUAA